GAAUUAUGAACCGAACACCACGUGACGACACAAACAAGUAGAUCUCUGAACAGAAACAUCAAAAAUAAAAUUAAUUUGAUGAUACUUCAUUGAAUUUAAAAUUGGUUCGACCUCUCUAUAUAAACCCAACUCCAUCUUAUAAUCGCUUCAUCCCAACAUUAUUUUAGCUCUCUUUCAAAUUUUCAUGCCAAUGGCUACUUCAAUCAUAAUUGUAUUAGGUCUUGCUUUGAUAAUAGAAAGUUGUUUUAUUGUACAAGCUGAGGCCCGAGCAUUCUUCGUAUUUGGUGAUUCACUUGUCGAUACCGGCAACAACAAUUACCUUGCAACGACUGCUCGUGCCGAUGCUUACCCUUACGGAAUUGAUUUUCCGACUCAUCGUGCUACCGGCCGCUUCUCUAAUGGCCUUAACAUUCCCGACAUUAUCAGUGAGCGAAUCGGAUCUGAACCGGUAUUGCCCUACCUGAGUCCAGAUUUAACCGGACAAAAGUUGCUUAAUGGUGCCAAUUUCGCUUCUGCCGGAAUCGGAAUUCUCAACGACACCGGAAUCCAGUUUCUGAACAUAAUCAGAAUGUAUAGACAGUUUCAGUAUUUUCAGGAAUACCAGAGGCGGGUUCGGGCUCUUAUCGGAGCUAGCCAGACGAAGCGACUCGUAAAAGGAUCACUUGUCCUCAUAACUGUUGGUGGCAAUGAUUUUGUGAACAAUUAUUACUUGGUUCCAUCUUCUAAUAGGUCUCGUCAGUUUGCAUUGCCUGAUUAUGUCAGGUUUCUCAUUUCAGAAUUCAAAAAAUUACUAACGGAGCUGUAUAAACUAGGAGCCCGAAGGGUUGUCGUGACAGGCACCGGACCAUUGGGCUGCGUUCCGGCGGAACUAGCAAUGCGAGGAGCAAAUGGAGGCUGCUCAACCGAACUUCAGCGAGCUGCUUCCUUGUUCAAUCCACAACUUGUUCAAAUGCUCAGAGGGUUAAACAAGAAAUUCCGCAAAAAUGUAUUCAUAGGUGCAAAUACACAACAAAUGCACAUGGAUUUCGUCAAUAAUCCACAAGCUUAUGGAUUUACGACAUCAAAGGUGGCAUGUUGCGGACAAGGACCGUAUAAUGGUCUGGGACUAUGUACACCGGCAUCAAAUUUGUGUCCGAACCGAGACUUGUAUGCUUUUUGGGAUGCAUUUCAUCCGUCGGAAAAGGCCAAUCGGUUGAUCGUCGAAGGAAUAUUCUCUGGCUCCACCAAUUAUAUGGUCCCUAUGAAUCUUAGCACUAUCAUGACCUUGGAUGCAGCAACAUGAUGCGAACAUUUUGUUUAUAAUGAAUCUAAUUGCAAUAAUGAUUUAUUUUCGGUGAAAAUAAUAAUUGAAAUGUGUUUAUGUAACUUUUUGUAGUAAUUGUUUUAUUUGCAGAAUUUCAUUGUUGGUCUCUGUAA